CCUUGCUAACCCAACGAACUCCCUUAGACCAUUUUGACCAAACUGCCCUCCGACAACGCAACCCAAUCUUCGGCGACCCUAUGAAUAACCGCCGAAAUCAAAAGAUUAUGAGCACAUUGAAGUCAUUGGACAAAGCUCUUGAUCAAGCAGCCACUGAAGAACAACCCUGUGAAGUACUGCUUUCUUUCUCAAACUAAUGAGGUAGUAGUUUGUCAGGAGAAUAAAACUGGGGAUCUGGCCACUGUUUGUUGUGAGACCCAUGUUGCAGAUUUGGGCAAGACCAUGCGAUCGGGUCGUGCUUACCAUGUUACAUUUGGAAGACUCAUUCAUAGUGUAUGCCAUCAUCUUAUCCUCACUUGAUCUCAAAGGAACUUUUUGUGUCCCAAAUCCAGAGAUUCAUACCUAAGGCAUGGAAAGAAGGUAUCAAACAGCUCGAGAAACCAUCAUCUAUUUUAGAUCUGAGCUUACAAGCUGGGGAUUCAAUGAUAGAUUCUCUUCUUGCAUCUGUUAAGACUUAUGCACGUGAAGGACAUCUUUUAGAAGCAUUCAAAAGCCUGUCUCUUAUUAAGCUCCAUCCCUCUUCCAGUAUUUCUUGUGAUGCAGUCUUAGAAUCCAUCUCCUCUCUUAUCUUAUCAUGCACUAGCCAUAAAUCAUUCCCACAGGGUAAACAGCUUCAUGCACACAUUAUCAGAUUGGGUCUUGAACAGCACCCCAUUUUGGUUCCCAAGUUGGUCACAUUUUACUCGAGCUUUGAUUCCCAUGGUGAUGCUCAUACUGUCCUUGAGAAUUCCAAUAUAUUGCAUCCUCUACCUUGGAAUUUGCUCAUCUCUUCCUAUGUUAAAAAUGAACUUCUGGAAGAGGCUCUGGCUACAUAUGAACAAAUGGUCAAUAAGGGAAUUAGACCGGAUUGUUUUACUUAUCCAUCAGUUCUUAAAGCUUGUGCUGAGAAAUUGGAUAUAGGUUUUGGGAAGGAGGUGCAUAAGUCCAUUGAUGCUAGUUGUCAGGAGUGGAAUUUGUUUGUGCAUAAUGCAUUGGUCUCAAUGUAUGGAAAGUUUGGGCUUGUGGAUGUUGCUCGUCAAUUGUUCGACAAUAUGCCCCAAAGGGAUAUAAUUUCUUGGAAUUCAAUGAUCUCGUGUUAUGCCUCCAGAGGUAUGUGGAAUGAAGCAUUUGAGGUGUUCGGAAAUUUGCAGAUGGAGGGUACAAAUAUAAGUAUUAUAACCUGGAACACCAUAGCUGGAGGUUGCUUGAGAACAGGAAAAAUAACGGGUGCUCUGGAGUUGCUUUCUAAAAUGCGAGUUGGUGGUACUCGACUGGACUCGGUGGCAUUUACUAUUGGGCUUAGUGCUUCUUCCCACAUUGGAGCCAUUAAGCUAGGGAAGGAGAUGCAUGGUUCUGCAAUUCGGAGUUAUUGUGAUGGGUAUGACAAUGUCCAAAAUGCAUUAAUUACAAUGUAUUCCAGGUGCAAAAAUUUAAGGCAUGCCUAUACGUUGUUUCAGUCUAUAGAAGAUAGGAGUAUAAUCACUUGGAACUCCAUGAUUUCUGGUUUUUCCCACAUGGAUCGAGCGGAGGAAGCUUCAUUCAUAUUUAGAAAAAUGAUGUGUUGUGGAAUUAAACCCAAUUACGUUACUAUUGCCAGCAUCCUACCUGUCUGUGCUCGGGUUGCAAAUCUUCAACAUGGGAAGGAAUUUCACUGCUACAUUACAAAACAUGUUGAGUUUGUUGAUUAUUUAUUGCUGUGGAAUGCUCUUGUGGACAUUUAUGCCAGAUCGGGAAGGGUUGUAGACGCUAAGAAAGUAUUUGAUACAAUGAAUGAGAAGGAUGAGGUAACUUAUACUUCCAUGAUUGCAGGAUAUGGAGUACAGGGUGAGGGAAAAGCUGCACUGAAGUUAUUUGAAGAGAUGAACAGAUUAAAGAUCAAACCAGAUCAUGUGACCAUGGUUUCUGUUUUGUCAGCAUGUAGCCAUUCAGGGCUUAUGAUCCAAGGCCAAAAUAUAUUUGAGAGGAUGUUGAGUAUGUAUGGCAUAACUCCCGAUGUGGAGCACUAUGGUUGCAUGGUUGAUCUCUUUGGUAGGGCUGGUCUACUGCACAAUGCAAAAAAUAUUAUCAAAAGGAUGCCUUACAAGCCAACUUCUGCCAUGUGGGCCACUCUGAUUGGAGCUUGUAGGAUCCAUGGAAACACAGAGAUAGGGGAAUGGGCAGCUGAGAUGCUAUUACAAAUGAGACCUGAGAAUUCUGGGUACUAUGUGUUGAUUGCUAACAUGUAUGCUGCUGCUGGCCGCUGGAACAACCUAGCCAAUGUGAGGACUUUCAUGAGGGACUUGGGUGUGAGGAAAGAUCCUGGCUCUUCUUGGGUUGAUGUUGGUGAUGGAUUCUCCCUCUUUUUGGUAGGGGACACCUCAAAUCAGCUGAGAAAAGAAAUUUACAUUUUGUUGGAUGGAUUAAGUGAGCUAAUGAAGGAUGCUGAUUACAUUAGACAGGAUUAUAGUGCAAAUUAUACAGUUUGAGUAGAAUGAAAAUAGGAGGAGCUUUUAAAGUUAGAGUAAACGAAGGAUUGUUAACAUUUUUUAUGUCUAUUGAUUGCAAAUUAACACUAGUAAUGAUGUGUAAAUACCCUCAGAUGAGUGUUUGUUUCCAAUAGUAUCCUGCACUGUAUCACCCAAAUUCAG